AUGCCGCCGCUAUCAGAAGAGGUUAAUAAUGCGUCGAAUUGGUCCGCUACUGCAUCUUCAGACGAGAAGCAGCAACCGAAUUUUGACGGCGCAGAUGUUUCGACGAGAAGUUCCCAAAGCGAGACACGGCAGGAUAAACAUAGCCAUCCUUUAGCCCUAUACGAGGAAAUUCCAGACUGGUAUCAGGACAACCCAUAUAUCCGUCGAGGCUAUCGACCCGUGUCCAACUCGGCGCGAGUCUGUUUUGGAAGUUGGCUAUACCUACACAAUGAGACAGUGAACAUCUUUACGCACCUAGUGCCAGCAAUAGCCCUCUUCAUAAGUGGCCUGGCUUAUCUAGUCUCGCGCCUACAGCACCGCAAUAGCAACGAUGCCGGUGUUGUCGCAAUACUAUUACUUUCCGCAACGGCAUGUCUCGGUCUCUCUUGCGCUUACCAUACGUUAAUGUGCCAUUCUCGAGAAGUAGAAGCUCUAUGGUUGCGUCUUGACUUUGUCGGCAUCAUUUUGCUGAUACUAGGGUCUCUCAUUUCGGGCGUCUACGUUGGUUUCUGGUGCGAGACGUUGGAAAGAAAUAUUUAUUGGUCUAUGGCAAGUAAUAGUCAUUCUCAGUUUACAUCUCUAAUCAUACCUCUGGCCGUUCCUAGGUCAACGAAACCGAGCAAACACCAUAUCGGAUCUCUUGCUGCAAUAUCCAUAAUUAUCGUGUUGGCACCCACGUUUCAAGGCCCAAAGUGGCGCACCUUACGUCUGCUCACGUUCGUAUGUACGGGAUUCUCUGGGUUAGCCCCUAUCAUCCACGGGAUCGUCAUGUUUGGCUUCGCACAGAUGAUGAAGCAAUCCGGCCUACCUUACUACCUGGCAGAAGGGGGAUUGUUUCUCAUCGGAGCCAUUGUAUAUGCCACGAGAUUCCCUGAGAGUAUCAGCCCGGGAUUAUUCGACAUAUAUGGAUCAUCACACCAGAUAUUUCAUGUUCUGGUUGUCCUGGCUACUGGAGUUCAUCUAGCCGGCGUCCUUGACGCUCUCGACUACAAUUACUAUAACCGACAAUGUUUAGGGUGA